AUCGUAACUCAGUCCCACACUAGACUGAGGUGAUCAGGUUAGCUCUUGAGAGGCGAACGAAGGCGUUUCUCAGGUCGAGUCGCCACCCAAUAGUCUAGGAAAGCAGUUUGCCAACAACACUCAGUUGCUGAGUCAGUGGCUGAAGGUUAUUUCAGUUUUGAAAGAGAGCCACACGCGAUGGGGUUGUGUGACAGCCCAUAACUGAACAGCCCAGUAGACCAAGUCAUUCUCUGCCCACCUUCAUCCCGACGGCAGGCACCGGGCGCACCCGAAUGAAUCCCAGUUACUCGAAGUAUUGGAGCGGCCGAACUGGUAAAGCUGGAGUCCCUUUGACAGAUCCAACCAGUAAUGUAGAAUGUGGAGAAUGCGGAGGAGAUCAGGAGUCCGUUUCCGACAGUGGCUUGAUAUCUGUAAUGUUUGUGUCACGUGAUCAAGGCGACAUGGACAGCAUACAUAGCAACGAUACACUAGGGCUGGACACGAGAUCAAGGACGAUGGAUGUAGCCGACGAGGGAUCCGAGACUGGCAGCGGCUGUUGCCCUGAACUUGUAGAUGAGGCGACGGCCGAGAAAGAUGAACGAGAUGAAACGAGCGAUAGACCUGUACAAUAUCAGGAUGGGGGCAGUCUCCUUCCGAACGCGGCUUGCUCUGAUUCAGGCACGCCGCUGUCUUCGAACUCUCAACUUCCGACUCAAGCAGGGCAAGGUGAGCAGCCGCAGCAUUGCUCCACGCCGGUGGCUAUGGAAGCUGAGCCAGCUGAGGUCUUGGAGACGACAAAAACCGCCAUCCGACCAUCGCGUCGUGUACGACCUCCACGUUCCGGAAGGUCCCCUGCUUCGGAAAGGACAUUGACCAUGACAGCACACUGUGAUCAAGAGUCGCCGAUGCAUGUGCCAAAUCCAGCAGCCCGAGCCAUCGGUGCCGUUCCCAGGUUCGUUGCGCACAUGUUUCGCAAGCUAAAGAACCAUCUCCGAGCUAGUGAAUUUCAUCGCUACUCGUUGGAGGAACGGGAACGGCUAUCAGAGUUUGAAAGCUUCGACUAUCUUCCGCCGCACAGUACAGCGUACAAGAUCUGGUCAACAGAGAAUCGAAGCAAGGAUGAGUGGGAAGUUUGGCUAAUGAUGGCACUGAUUGGCACCACGACGGGCUUAGUAGCAUUUCUCCUUAUUCAACUCAUUGAUAUCAUCUCUGAGACAAAAUGGCACGCGGUCAUUCCGAUGGUGGAGCGCAAUGACCUUGCGCUAGGCUGGGUGACGGUGAUGUGGAUUAGCUUAUGCUGCGUGUCAUUAUCAACUGCAUUAGUAGUGUUAUUUCGACCAUCGGCUGCGGGCUCUGGGAUCCCUGAGCUGAUUGGCUUCCUAAAUGGAACCUUUGUCCAUCAUAUCUUUAAUAUCAAGACAAUGAUUGCAAAGUUUUUAUCAUGUGCACUGGCUGUCUCGGCAGGCCUUCCAGCGGGUCCUGAAGGUCCUGUAAUUCACAUGGGUGCACUCAUUGGCGCUGGCUUGAGCCAAACUACCUUUGGCUUGAGAUUGAAGCAUUUCAGUCGCUUUCGCAACUCGCAGGACAGGCGAGAUUUCAUUUCUGCAGGUGCUGGAGCUGGCGUAGCAGCUGCUUUUGGCUCGCCAGUCGGAGGCCUUCUUUUUGUGAUGGAGGAGGUGUCAUCUUUUUGGAACAUCAAGCUUGGACUGCAGACAUUCUUUUGUUGCAUGGUGUCAUCGUUUGUCUCGGGCUUGUUCAAUUCGGCCAUCACAGACUUCAGCAUCACAACCACCUUUGGGCAGUUCAGAAGCGAGCGUGUCAUCCCUUUCUAUGUUGCUGAUAGAUUAGCUAUCAACUUCUUGCUGUUUUUACCGGCUAUAAUUCUUGGCUGCCUGGGUGGACUUUUAGGUGGCUUAUUUACUCAUUUUAACAUUCAGGCAUCCAAACUGCGUAAUCACAUACGACGGUCGAUCAAAGGCACAUGGAAAGUGCGUCUCGUUCGAAUGGCAGAUCCGGUUAUCAUUACUCUGAUAGUCGGCACGAUAUUCUUCUUUUUACCGCACUUUUUUGAGUGCAAGGCCUUUCAGUGCCAACCGCCUAUGUCCGGUUUUGUAUGCGAUAACACAACUUGCACAGCGAAUUCCUCUGAUGUCAUAUUCACAUGUGAACAAGAAAAACCGCUCAACCCUCUCAUCAACAUGGUCGAAGAAAAUCGCCUCGUCCACUUCAACUGCCCACGGGGAGUGAAGAAGGAAUACAUGUUGACAGACGGGACACGUCGCAACUACAGCAACGACACUUACAAUGAGGCUGCUACUCUUCUGUACACGACUGGUGAAGCAGCUGUCAAGCGGCUCCUGUCACGUGGCACGCAUCUACAGUUUAGUGAGAAGCCGCUUGUGGGCAUUCUAAUCCUCUACUCGUUCUUCGCUUGCAUCACAGCAGGAAGUGCCAUAUCCACUGGCUUGGUCAUUCCCAUGUUGUUCAUCGGAUCAAUAUACGGUCGACUGUUUGCGUAUGGCCUGGUCCGGUGGUUCGGUGUACAUGAUCGGGAUUCUUACUGGGGAUGGAUUGACCCCGGUGCGAUCUCCUUCCUUGGCGCGGCCAGUUUUUUCGGAGGCGUGUCUCGCUUGUCGAUGGCUUUGACUGUCAUUAUGAUUGAAAUCACUGGUGAUGUGGAGUUCUUGUUACCCAUCAUGGUAACAGUGUUGAUCUCCAAGUGGGUCGGUGACUAUCUCACACAUCCGCUGUACCAUGCCCUGAUGGAGAUCAAGUGUAUACCGUUCUUGGACACAGAGCCUGUGAUUUACAAGGAGCAUCACGGACAAGAUGAUGGUGAGCGCGGAAUAGCCGACAGUCUUGAGCUAUAUCAAGCCCGGCACGCCAUGAGCUCCCCAGCUGUUGUCCUGGGUCUGCAAGAAACAGUCAAUCGCCUGGCCAACACGCUCCUGUCCACCAAGCACGGUGGAUUUCCUGUCGUCCGGGAUGUCGUUGGUGUAGAGCGCUACUCUGGCCUGGUCUCCAGGGAAACCAUUCAUCAUCUGCUGAAUCAAGGAGAGCCAUUCUUCUUGAAAGAGACGGAUCUUGACAAGCUACGCGACUACGACAAGUUCAUUGUGGAUGAGCCCAGUGACGUGGGUCUGCCGUUUGAAUUGCUGGGCUACGUUGGUUUCAAGUCAUACUUAUUGGACGAGCAGACUAUUCGAACGUAUGCAGAAGAUCCCAAGUUCAACGAUCGUUACAUUGAUUUAAGUCCCUACAUCAACCAGUCCCAGCCAACCGUGCCCACCAGUUUCUCGCUGAAAAGGACUUACAUUAUUUUCCGGACACUCGGUCUGAGACAUCUACCAGUUGUUGAUGUACUCAACAGAGUUGUGGGUAUCAUCACGCGCAAAGACUUGAUGGGCUUCUCCCUGGAGGAGAAGGUGUCAAUGCUGCGCAAAGCAAUUAUCCGAAAGGCGUCGUGCCGGCGCACAACACGUACACCAACAACGUCGACAGUGGCAGUGCACAACUCAGCCACCGCAACUACUUCAUUAGGGUCAACGUCACAAGGCGCUCUUUCACGGGACAAGGAGCGCACCAAUACGCUAGCAAUUCCAUCCACUGAUUGGCAGUAA